CGUUCCCCCCGCUUGCUCUACAUCUCCAAUGCCUCUCGUUGGUCGUUCUGUCACGCUGCUCGCUACAACGCUGGUCGCGGUCUUCAUCGCGACUGCCCUCGCUCGUCCGCUGCCAUCGUCGAUGGUGCAAGACGUGCGCGUGGUGCUGGACACGGGCGCAGUGCCGACCUCGCUGCCAACUGGCGGAGUUGUCUGGCUCGAGCAGACACUGGCCAUCCGCUUCACUGUGCCCAACACGACCAUCGCCACAUCCAAGGGUGGUGAGAUUGAUGGUCUCUCAGCAGCUGCGGGGUUGGUUCAGUUCGAUUCGUUCGACUUUAUCAUCGACCCCAGCCGCCUGGUUGCUGGCGGAAAUAACCUGACCAUCACGCUCUGCCCGGAAGCCCACGGUCAAGUGCCAGCGGAGACCAGCCUGUGCUUGGAAAAUGCUACAUUCACGCUGCCAAUCACAUCGACCCGAAUCAAUGGCUCGUACGUCUCGACACACAACUCCCAGCUGGUUGCGGGCUCAAACUACUGGCUCGUCGUGGCUGGAAACGCCGCCAAGCUCGAUUACUCGUUCUCCUGGCUCGACAGCACCAACGGCACUGCUUGGACUGCAUUCCGCGUCAAGAGCAAGGCCUGGGUUUCUGAAGAUACGACGAACGGUGCUUCGACAGCACUUGUUCGUGUGCGAAUGUGAUUCUGUUUGUUGAUGCUGUUCAGUUUGACUCCGAGCAUUUUGUUCAGCAGACGACGGGAAUUUCGGGUUUUGAAACUCUGUUGCGAGCGUUGUCGAGUCUGACGCCGACCUGCAGACAGGACAUUUGUCUCCUUUGCAGUGCGCGACUCGAGCGUUUGUGUUCGCGUGUUUCCGUUGUCCCGCUUUUCUCGGCCAAUAAACCCAUUGUUGAUUGAUGCGA